CAUCGAAGGAGCCCCUUUUGAACCCGGCGAUUCACCACGUUACAGCUCGUGUUGAUAACAUCGCAGUGACAGAGUACUCGGAUUAUGAAAUGAACAUCAGCCAGCGAAUCUACGAAUCUAGUCCAAUAAAAUACAACGAGCAUAGUUUCGAUCCGCGAUGCCUGCCGACUUCGAGAAACAGAGCUAUUGGCAUGAACGGUUCGUAUCCGAAACAUCGUUUGAAUGGCUGGCGUCAUCAGAAGAAUUCAUGUCUAUUAUAAAACCCUACCUUCCCGCGCUCACCCAUCAUCAUGAUAACCCGCCGAAGAUAUUACAAUUGGGUUCGGGAACAAGCGACUUGCAAAAUUACUUUCGUUCGACGGGUUAUCUGGACGUGACCAAUAUCGACUAUGAACCCUUAGCUAUCGAACGUGGGCGUCAACUAGAGGAGGCUGUAUUCGGGGAUGUGAAAAUGAAAUAUGUCGUUGCCGAUACUACACAACUUGGACGCGGCUUAUCUCAUAACCAGAGUUUCGACAUGGUUGUGGACAAGAGCACCGUCGAUGCUGUUUCCUGUGGUGGACAGGAGGCUCUUUUGAGAAUGGCCUCGGGAGUAAGGAGAAAUCUAGCCGAGGGAGGAGCUUGGAUCUCACUUAGCUAUUCGUCGAGUCGAUUCGAUGUUGACCAGCUUCCGUUUGAUGUCGAGGUCAUAGCUAAGAUUCCGACACCGAAACUGAAAGAGACCGACCCGGAUGUUUAUCAUCAUUGUUAUCUUCUUCGACCUAAAUAAGUCGACUAAUACAUUUCGAGGAAGACCGAUGAAUAGGAGGUACGAUGCCUGUUUGUCCCAAACGUCUUAAUUGGUAUUGCCUAGAAAUAUGACACGUACUAUGUGUCGGAAGACGAA